AACAAGUAAAUAACAGACAUAUAUAUAAGCGAUACAAAUGAAAUGAGAUAAAAACAAAGAUCAUGGGAAGCCAAGAGGUGCAGCUGCUGAACUUUUUGUUGAGUCCAGUUGGUAGAAGAGUUGAAUGGGCUCUAAAACUGAAGGGUGUUGAUUUUGAGUAUGUAGAAGAAGAUAUCUUCAACAAGAGCAAUCUCCUUCUGGAAAUGAACCCAGUUCACAAGAAGGUUCCGGUUCUUGUUCAUGGCCACAAACCAAUCGCUGAGUCACUCAUCAUCCUUGAAUACAUUGAUGAAAUAUGGAAGCAAUAUCCACUGUUACCUCUGCAUCCUUAUGAAAGAGCACAUGCUCGCUUUUGGGCCAAUUUAGCUGAUGAGAAGCUAGCGCUGGGAUCGUGGGUUGCAUUAAUGCGUAGCAGCGGCGAUGAACAGGAAAAGAGGGUGAAGGAAGUGAGAGAAGUAAUGGAGAAGUUGGAAGAAGAGAUUCUGGGGAAGAAGUUCUUUGGAGGGGACAACAUUGGGUACCUUGACCUUGUACUUGGUUGGAUCCCUUGCUGGCUUCCUGUUUGGGAGGAAGUUGGGUCUAUGCAAGUACUUGACACAAACAAAUGUCCAGCUAUCUCUGCUUGGGAGACCAAUUUUCUUAGCCACCCUGUUAUCAAGGACUGCUUACCUCCAAGGGACAAGCUGGUUGCUUAUGCCCACCGUCGUAGGGAGCAAUAUUUUUCUAUAUAAUGUGAUGUGAUAGAAAGAAAAUAUAAAUGGUGAGUUCCUUCACUUCCUUGUGAGUUAAAACUAUUGAUUUCAAAUACAAUUUUAACUCACUAUCAUGACUUCUUAAAUGUGAUUUAUGUAAGAGGGUUAAUGCGGAAUAUAAUUAAUAAUGAGCAUUUAAAUA